CGCGCCCAAGCCCCUCCCCUUACAACAUGGCGGUGCCCUGUCGCUGAACCGCACGUGAGAAACACCGAGUAGCUGGCUAGCAGAAAGCACCGCGUGUGAGCCCGGUUCUGCUUCCUAGCGUCGAUUUCAUCCUUCUGACUCUUCCCGAGGCCUCUGCGGGCCUCGCCCCUCUGCAGCCAUGAAGAUAAAGCCUGUUUCUCACAAGACGGAGAACACCUACCGGUUUCUCACAUUUGCUGAACGGCUGGGGAAUGUGAACAUUGAUAUAAUUCACCGUAUUGAUAGAACUGCAAGCUAUGAUGAGGAAGUGGAAACUUACUUCUUCGAGGGUCUGCUGAAAUGGAGAGAAUUGAACCUUACAGAACACUUUGGAAAGUUUUAUAAAGAAGUUAUUGACAAGUGCCAGUCAUUUAAUCAGUUGGUCUAUCAUCAAAAUGAGAUCGUUCAGAGUUUGAAAACUCAUCUGCAAGUUAAGAACAGUUUUGCCUUCCAGCCCCUUUUGGACCUGGUAGUUCAGUUGGCACGAGACCUGCAGACAGAUUUCUACCCGCACUUUCCGGACUUCUUCCUGACCAUCACCUCCAUCCUGGAGACGCAGGACACGGAGCUGCUAGAGUGGGCCUUCACUGCGCUGUCCUACCUGUACAAGUAUCUGUGGAGACUGAUGGUGAAGGACAUGGGCCGGAUUUACAGCAUGUACAGUACACUCUUGGCUCACAGAAAACUACACAUAAGAAAUUUUGCUGCUGAAAGCUUUACUUUUUUGAUGAGAAAGGUCUCGGAUAAAAAUGACCUUUUCAAUUUAAUGUUUCUUGAUCUUGAUGAACAUCCGGAAAAAGUGGAGGGUGUUGGGCAGUUACUCUUUGAAAUGUGCAGAGGCGUCAGAAACAUGCUUCACUCCUGUGCGGGCAAGGCAGUGAAGCUAAUUCUGCAGAAGCUCGGACCAGUUACUGAAACACAGACUCAACUUCCCUGGGUCUUAGUAGGAGAAACCCUAAAGCACAUGGCCAGAUCCACUGUUCUCUACGUCCACAAGGAGCAUCUGGGUACAUUUUUUGACUGUUUGCAGGAGGCGCUCCGGGAUCUUCAUGGCAAAGUAAUGAACAAGAACUCAUGCGAAGGCUCCGAGCAGAUCCGGAGGCUGCUGGAAACCUACCUGGUGCUCGUGCAACACGGGGGCGGGUCCAGGGUAACCAGCCCCGUGGGCGUCUGCCAGGUGUUAUCCCAGACAGUGGCUGUAGCCGGUCUCUCCACAACUUGCCGGAAGAUGCUCUUGGAUGUGAUUUCUGCUUUGAUCCUUGGUGGAAACGUUUCCCUGCCGGACACCCUCGUCAAGGAGACCAUAGAAAGAAUCUUUGAGAGCGCAUUGGAAAGACGUUUAAUUUUGGAUUUUUCUGAAGUCAUGUUUUGUAUGAAGCAGUUUGAGCAGUUUUUUCUCCCCAGCUUUCUUGCCUACAUGGAGAAUUGCUUCUCAGCUGAUGACCGCGUGGUCCAGGACGAAGCCCUGGCUGUCCUGGCCAAGCUCAUUCUGCACAAAGCAGCUCCUCCCACUGCCAGCUCCAUGGCGAUUGAAAAGUACCCUCUGCUCUUCUGCCCAAGGACCGAGGGAUCCCGCCUCAGACAGAAGAAGGGUGCGCCCCAGGGUGAAGAGCCAUGGUUCCCGGUCCUGGCCCGGCUCCUGGCUCUCGUCCAGUCACCCCCGAGGAAGGACACCACUGCCCUUGCUCAGGCGUGGGCUGCGCUCGUCGUGCUGCCGCACGUGAGGCCUCUGGACAAGGAGCAGGUGCUGCCGCGGGUGGCCAGCUUCACCGAGGCGCUCUUCAGCACCGUGGACAGCGGCGGCUCUGGGCGAGGAAACUUGUUUGUUCUCUGUCAAGCUGUGAGUACCCUGCUGAGUGUGGAAGACUCCCCUGCACUGCUCCAUCUGGUUCCCGUGGAGCAAGUGAAGAACUUGGUGCUGGCGUUCCCGGCAGAGCCAUCCGUGUUGCUGCUGGCCGACCUCUAUUACCAGAGACUGUCCUUCUGCGGCUGCAGGGAGCUGCUCUCGGAGGAAGCGCUGAUGGAGCUGUUCCCCAGGUUACAAGCCAACAUUUCAACUGGCAUAUCCAAGAUUCGGCUUUUGACAAUAAGAAUCCUGAACCAUUUUGAUAUCCGGCUUCCAGAAUUGAUAGAGGAGGAUGAUGUGCUCUUGGAGCGGCCGUCCGCCUUCGCUAUCCUGCGCCAGGCAGAGCUUGUCCCCGCGACCGUGAGUGACUACAGAGAGAAGCUGCUUCACUUGAGGAAACUGAGGCACGACGUGGUACGCACUGCGGUCCCCGAGGGGCCAUUGCAGGAGGUGCCACUCCGGUACCUGCUGGGCAUGCUAUACAUCAACUUCAGCGCACUCUGGGAGCCGGUGAUAGAGCUCAUAAGUUCUCAUGCUCAUGAAAUGGAAAGCAAGCAGUUCUGGAAAGUGUACUAUGAACAUCUAGAAAGAGCGGCCACCCGUGCGGAAAAAGAGCUGCAGAGGGACCCAGAGGAGGAGAAGCCUACUGGAGAUGAAAGCGGGGAGCAGGCCCAGGAAGGCGACGUCGGGGCCCUGUAUCAGGAGCAGCUGGCGACGAAGACGGACUGCCGGGAAAGACUAGACCACACCAACUUCCGGUUUCUGCUCUGGCGGGCGCUGGCAAGAUUCCCAGAGAGAGUGGAGCCCCGGUCCAGGGAGCUGUCCCCGCUUUUCCUGAGGUUUAUCAACAAUGAGUAUUACCCAGCGGAUCUGCAAGUGGCUCCAACCCAAGAUCUACGGAAAAAGGGCAGAGGGCUUUCGGCCGAGGAAACAGAAGAGGAGCCUGCUGCCGGGGAGGAUGAGGGUUCAGAGGAGGAGGAGGAGGAGGAGGAGGCUCCCCCAGAUGAACCCACACAGAAGAAGAAGACACGGAGAGCGGCAGCAAAGCAAUUAAUUGCUCAUCUGCAAGUUUUCUCUAAAUUUUCAAACCCACGGGCUUUAUAUCUGGAAUCCAAAUUAUAUGAGCUGUAUCUUCAGCUAUUGCUACACCAGGACCAAACAGUGCAGAAGAUAACCCUGGACUGCAUAAUGACGUACAAACAUCCUCAUAUCCUUCCGUACAGGGAAAACCUGCAAAGGUUGCUUGAUGACAAAACCUUUAAGGAAGAGAUAGUGCAUUUCAGCAUUUCAGAAGAUAGUGCUGUGGUGAAAACAGCCCACCGAGCAGAAUUGUUUCCUAUUCUGAUGAGAAUUCUCUACGGGCGCAUGAAGAACAAGACUGGGAGUAAGACCCAGGGCAGGUCCGCCUCGGGCACCCGCACGGCCAUCGUCCUGCGCUUCCUCGCGGGGACCGAGCCCGAGGAGAUCGAGGGCUUCCUAGACCUGCUGUCAGAGCCCCUGAAGCACUUCAAGAUGGGAGAGUGCCAUACCGCAGUCCGGCACGCAGCCGAGGACCUGGACCUGUCCCGCGUGCUCCCCCUGGGUCGCCAGCACGGCAUCCUGAACAGCCUGGAGCUCGUGCUAAAGAACAUCAGCCACCUCAUCCGUGCGUACUUACCCCGGCUGCUGCAGAUGCUGCUCUGCGUCACGGCUGCCGCCGCACGCGCCCUGGACCAGCGGGAAAAGAUACGGCUGCGGUUUAUCAGCCCCCUGAAAAAUCUGCGGCGUCUGGGAAUUAAGAUGAUCACCGACAUCUUUGUGGACUGGGAAUCCCACCAGUUCCGAACCGAGGAAAUCGAGGCUGUGUUUCUCGGCGCCGUCUGGCCCCAGAUCUGCCGGCUUGGAUCUGAGGCUCAGUAUUCGCCUACUCCUCUGCUGAAGCUCAUUAGUGUCUGGAGCAGAAAUUCGAGGUAUUUUCCUUUUCUGGCCAAACAGAAGCCGGGACACCCGGAAUAUGACAUCCUGACCAACGUCUUCGCAGUUCUCUCAGCAAAGAACCUCUCUGAUGCCACAGCUGGCAUCGUGAUGGACAUGGUUGAUGACCUCCUGAACCUUCCAGAUUUUGAGCCCACAGACACAGUGCCCAGCUUGCCGGUGACUGGCUGCGUGUACGCCGAUGCCCCAGGCGACACGGCUGAGGCGAUCACUGUGGGGGGAAGACUGAUCCUACCGCACGUGCCUGUGAUUCUUCAGUAUCUCAGCAAAACCACAAUCAGUGCGGAAAAGGUGAAAAAGAAGAAGAACAGGGCGCAGGUCAGCAAGGAGCUCGGCAUCCUGUCCAGGAUCAGCAAGUUUAUGAAAGACAAGGAACAGAGCUCCAUGCUCAUCACACUGCUUCUCCCCUUCCUGCACCACGGCAACCUCGCGCAGGACACAGAGGUCGAUGUCCUGGUGACAGUGCAGAACUUGCUGCAGCACUGCCUGGACCCUACAAGCUUCCUCAAGCCUCUGGCCAAGCUCUUCUCCGUCAUUAAGAACAAGCUGUCCAGACAGUUGCUGUGUACAGUUUUCCAGGGUCUUUCUGAUUUCGAGAGUGGACUAAAAUACAUUACUGAUGUUGCCAAGCUGAACGCCUUUGAUAAGAGGCAUCUGGACGAAAUCAACUUUGACGUUCGCUUUACCGAGUUCCAGGCCAUCAUGUCUCACAUUAAAGAGAUGCAGACCGUGGAUGUUAACUACCUGAUUCCAGUGAUGCAUAAUUGUUUCUAUAACAUGGAGCUCGGGGACAUGUCCUUAAGUGACAACGCCAGCAUGUGCCUGAUGAGCGUCAUCCGGAGGCUGGCCGCCCUGCGCGUCGCAGAGAAGGACUACCGGGAACUUGUCCAGCGCGCCCUCCUGGAGAGGCUGAGGAAGGCGCUAAGGAGCCCCACCGAGAGUAUUCGACAGGACUAUACCACCAUACUUUCCUGUUUAAUCCAAACCUUCCCGGAGCAGCUGGAGUUUAAAGAUCUGGUGCAGCUCACUCACCAGCAAGACCCAGAAAUGGACUUCUUUGAGAACAUGAAGCACAUUCAGGUCCACCGGAGAGCACGAGCCCUGAAGAAGCUGGCGAAGCAGCUCUCGGAAGGCAGGGUGCAGCUGUCUUCCAAGUCUCUGCAGAACUACAUCAUGCCUUACGCUAUGAUGCCAAUUUUUGAUGAGAAAAUGCUCAAGCACGAGAACAUCACUGCGGCCGCCGUGGACCUCAUCGGGGCCGUGUGCAGACUCCUCGCCUGGCCAGCGUAUGUCUACUACUUGAAGCACUUCAUCCAUGUCCUGCAGGCAGGGCAGGCCAACCAGAAGCUGGGCGUCAGCCUCCUGGUGUCAGUGCUGGACGCGUUCCACUUUGACCACAAAACUCUCGAAGAGCAAAUGGGAAAAAUUCAGAAUGAAAAAAGCCCAGGGGAGGUGUCAGAGCUCCCAGAGGAGGAGGCCAUGGACACCGAGCCCCUGGAUGCGGACGGGAAGGAGGACACGAGCGAGAUGCCAGACACCCUGGGGGCCACAGGGGACCCCGACCCAGCAGCCGACCCCACCAAGACAGCCGAGGAGACCAGGGCCACCACACAGGCCAUCUCCUUCCUCCCUCGGAAUAAGGAAGAGCUGGAGAGGACAGUUCAAGCUGUCCACACAGCCCUCACCGGGGACAUCCUGCCGCGGCUGCACAAGUGCCUGUCGGCCACGACUAAACGGGAAGAAGAGCACAAGCUCAUCAAGUCAAAGGUGGUGAACGACGAGGAGGUGGCCCGUGUGCCCUUAGCAUUCGCCAUGGUGAAGCUGAUGCGGUCCCUCCCACAGGAGGUGAUGGAGGCCAACCUGCCGAGUGUCUUGCUGAAGGUGUGCGCCCUCCUAAAGAACAGGGCGCAGGAGAUCAGGGACGUGGCCCGCAGUACUCUGGCCAAGAUCCUGGAGGACCUGGGCGUGCGCUUCCUGCAGUACGUCCUGAAGGAGCUCCAGACCACGCUGGUGCGCGGCUACCAGGUGCACGUGCUGACCUUCACUGUCCACCUGCUGCUGCAGAGCCUUGCCAGCCGCCUGCAGGUCGGGGACCUGGACGCCUGCUUGGACAUCUUGAUCGAGAUCUUCAACCGGGAGUUAUUUGGGGCCAUGGCUGAGGAGAAGGAGGUGAAGCAGAUCCUCUCCAAAGUCAUGGAGGCGCGAAGAAGCAAGAGCUACGAGUCCUACGAGAUCCUGGGCAAGUUCGUGGGGAGAGACCAAGUUACGAAGCUCAUCCUCCCGCUGAAAGAGGUCCUGCAGAGCACCACGAGCCUGAAGCUGGCCCGCAAGGCCCACGAGACCCUGCGGCGCGUUGUCGGAGGGCUGGUUGCCAACCCGGGCCUGGCCUCCGAGUCCCUGCUGCUGCUGAGCUACGGCCUGGUCAGCGAGAAUCUGCCGCUGCUGACGGAGAAGGAGAAGCACCCAGCAGCCCCUGCGCCUGACCCACGGCUGCCCCCCGAGAGCUGCCUCCUGCUCCCCCCGGCCCCGGUCCGGGGUGGGCCAAAAGCUGCAGUAGCCAGGAAGACCAACAUGCAUGUCCUAAUCGAGGCUGGGCUGCGGCUGCUGCAUCUGAGCCUGAAGACGUCCAAGGUCACGUCCGAGAGCGAGCGUGCCCUGGAGAUGCUGGACCCGUUCGUGUCCCUCCUCAUCAGCUGCCUGGACUCCCGGGAGGUGAAGGUGAUCACCGGCGCCCUGCAGUGCCUCCUCUGGGUCUUGCGCUUCCCUCUGCCGUCGGUGGACGCCCAGGCAGGGCAGCUGACCAAGCACCUCUUCCUUCUGCUGAAGGACUACGCCCGGCUGGGGGCCGCCCGGGGCCCCAACUUCCACCUGGCUGUGAACUGCUUCAAGUGUGUGACCGUCCUCUUGAAGAAGGUCAAGUCCCACCCGGUCACUGAGAAGCAGCUGCAGGUCCUGCUGGCCUACGCCGAGGAGGACAUCCAUGACACUUCCAGACAGGCCACCGCCUUCGGCCUCCUGAAGGCCAUCUUAUCCAGGAAGCUACUGGUCCCAGAAAUUGAAGACGUCAUGCGCAAGGUGUCCACGCUGGCCAUUUCCGCGCAGAGCGAGCCCGCCAGGGUCCAGUGCCGCCAGGUCUUCCUGAAGUACCUCCUGGACUACCCACUGGGGGAGCGGCUGCGGCCCAGCCUGGAGUUCCUGCUCGCGCAGCUCAACUACGAGCACGAGAGCGGGCGCCAGUCCGCCCUGGAGACGGUCGCCUGCCUUGUCGCCGCCUUCCCGCAGGGCCUGCUGCACGAGAACUGCGGCCUGCUCUUUGUCCCACUCUGUCUGGCCAUGGUGAACGACGCCUCGGCCACCUGCAGGGAGAUGGCGGCCCUGGUGCUCAAGGCCCUGCUCGGCAAGCUGGGCCCCGAGAAGCGGGACUGGCUCUUCGGCAUGGUCACCUCCUGGUUCGGAGCGAGGAAGCGGCUGAGCAGGCGGCUGGCCGCCCUGGUCUGCGGGCUCUUCGUGGAGAGCGAAGGUGCCGAGUUCGACAAGAGGCUGGGCGCUGUGCUGCCCGUCAUCGAGCAGGAGAUCGACCCUGAGAACUUCCCGGACGUCGCAGAGGAGCCGGAGGAGAAGGCCGCCGACCGCCUGCUCUUCAGCUUCCUGGUGCUGCUCAGCAAGCUGCUCCGGGAGCGCGGGUUCGCGCGCCUCUCCGCGCCCGCCAAGACGCUGGGCAGGAUCUGGGGUCACACACACGCUCACCUGCGCCACCCGCACAGCUGGGUGUGGCUCACGGCCGCCCAGGUCUUCGGCCUGCUCUUCGCCUCCUGCCCGCCCGAGGAGCUGGUCGCGCACUGGAAGGCGGCGAAGACAGCCAAGAGGCCCCCGGGCUCCGCGGCAGUCCGCUUCCUCACGGAGGACCUCCCCCUCAAGAUGAGGGACCUUGCCCUGGCCUGCUGCCACCAGCUGCACUCCAGGUUCCUAGAGCCAGCCCCGGGCGAGCAGGUCGUUAAGAACCUGCUGUUCAUCGCCAAAGUCUUGUACCUGCUGGAAGCGGAUCCCGAGGCUGGGUGCGGCGAGGCACCAGAGGACACCGAGGACGGCCCACAUGGAGGGAACAGGACACCAGGCCGCGCCACGCUGCUCUGGCUGCUCCUGAAGCUGGGGCGUAUGGCCAAGCUGGAAGCCGCCUACUCGCCACGGAACCCCGUGAAGAGAACCUGCAUCUUCAAGUUCCUGGGCGCCGUGGCCAUGGACCUGGGCGAAGACAAGGUCAAGCCCUUCCUGCCCGUGAUCGUGGCCCCACUGUUCCGGGAGCUGCACAGCACCUACGCUGAGCAAGACCCUGCGCUGAAGAACCUGUCGCAGGAGGUCAUCGAGCUGCUCAAGAAGCUGGUCGGCCUCGAGAGCUUCUCCCUGGCCUUCGCCUCCGUGCAGAAGCAGGCGGGCGAGAAGCGGGCGCUGCGGAAGCGGAGGAAGGCGAUGGAGUUUGUAACCAACCCUGACAUUGCUGCCAAGAAAAAGCUGAAGAGGCAUAAAAACAAAAGUGAAGCGAAGAAGAGAAAGAUUGAAUUCCUGCGUCCAGGCUACAAGGCCAAGAGGCAAAGAGGCCGCAGCCUGCGGGAGCUGGCCAUGGUGGAGUAGCCCCGCGGACCGGAUGGGGCAGGACGGGGCAGGACGGGGCGGGCCUGCCCAGCAGAGCCGCACUCCGGGAGGCCCAGGCUUUAUGACCAUCUGGGUGGGCUUGGGCAGACUGUGGGCUAUGUAUAGACUCAAGCACAUUCUUUUUUAAAUUAAAAUGUUUACUACUG